AUGUAUGAACAGGAUGAUGAAGAUAAAGAUAUUCAUAAGUAUAUUUUUCCUUUUUUUCCCAAAAUAAGUACCGGCUUAGAUCAUUAUGCGUGUGUUGCUUAUUAUAAAAAUAAACCAAGCAUAUUUACGUGGGGAGGAAAUAGUUGUAAUCAAUUAGGGUUAGGUAUAAAUAAUAGAUUUGUAAAUAAUCCUACUGUCGUUUGUUUUUUUGAUAGUUUCAUAGUAGCUUCAAUAUGUUGUACAAACUAUGCAACUUUUGUUUUGGUAAAGAAAAAUGUUAAUGAUAUUGGUUGUUCAGUCUACUCUUUUGGUAAGGGAAAUAAUGGUUUGUUAGGUUAUAAGAAAAAAAGAGAAUUACCUAAUUUUUUGGAACAUGAAGAAAAAAAAAACAUACAAAAAGUGAAAGAGCAAAUGUUACAAAAGGUAAACGAUCCACUUAAUCAAAUGGUCUUGGAUGCAUUUGGAAUAAAGAAAAAAGAAAAAGAAAAAGAAAAAAAAAAAAAAAAAAAAAAAAAUGAUAUAAAAAAAGAAGAAAAAGAAGAAAAUAAUAUAAAUAAUGAAAAAAAAAAUAAUAAUAAUAAUAAUAAUAUAAAUAGUGAAAAAAAAAAAAAAAAUGAUAUAAAUGGACAUGAGGCAAAAUAUGUACAAAAUAAAAAAUUUUUUUACAACGAACAUAAUUUUAAGAACGAUAUAGGUCUCCCAAGCGACGACGAUAUUUAUGAUGACUACAACAUUUCUGGUGACGAAAGUCUUUUAAACUUUGAGGCAGAUAAUAUUUCAAGUAUACAAAAUGAGGACACAAAUAUGGAUGAAGAUGUAUACAAUAAUAUUGUUAAUGACCAUACUAAUGAAGACAGACAAUCGGAUAUUAAUGAAACUAUUGAUAAACAUAGUAAUGAUAAUGAUUAUGAUGAUGAAAAGAAAAAGGAAAAAAUGAAUAUAUAUAAAAAUAAAGAAAAAUUAUAUUCAAAUAUAAAAGAAAAUGAUAAUAAACAUGACUGGUUUACUCCAUUCCCUAUGAAAAUAGUUUUCCCUAAAAAAAAUACAAAAAUAAAAUUUAUUUCUUGUGGUGAUAUGCACACAUUGGCUAUCUGCACAGGUGGUGUUUUAUAUUCCUGGGGUUAUAACAAUUUUGGUUGUAUAGGAAAUGGGACAAAUCAAAAUGUAUAUGAACCAACACCGAUAUUUUUAGAGCCUCAUUCGGUUGAUAAUAAUGGUGAUAAUAAUGAUGAUGAUUAUGAUGAUGAUAAUAAUAAUAAUAGUACAUACAAAUUUCAUAAAAAGGAAGAUUCUAUAAAAUGGGAUAAAAAAAAAAAUGUAGUCAUACAUUGCUCAGCAGGGAGUAAGCAUAGUCUUGCUUGUAACCUACACGGAGAUAUUUAUAGUUGGGGUUAUGGAGGUAAUGGUAGAUUAGGUCUUGGGAAUAUAAAAAGUUAUAAUAAGCCCCAAUUAAUUAAAGGAUUAAGAAAUAAAAGAAUUCUUUAUGUAUGUGCAGGAACAUCUCAUUCAGGAUGUAUAGAUUCUAAUUAUAAUGUAUAUACGUGGGGAAAUGGGAAAUUUUACAAAUUAGGUCAUGGUAAUGAUGAUAUAGAUAUAUAUUAUCCUAAAUUAGUAGAAUGUUUAAAUCAUAAUAAGAAAGUAUGUAUGUUAAGUUUUGGGUGUUUUAAUUCUUUGGCAUUAAAUGUUAAAGGAGAUGUAUAUGUAUGGGGUACAUUUAAUAUAACAAAUAAUUAUGUAAAUUAUUAUAUUUCUAAAUUACCUAAGCAAAUUAAUACAAAUUAUAAAUGUAUAUCUAUACAUGCUUCUACAUAUGUUUGCUUUGGUAUUACGUUAGUAGGUGAUUUAAUUAGUUUUGGGAAUUAUAAAAACUAUUCCUAUGAAAAAGAAAUAAAUGAUAAUGAUUCAGAUGACGAUUUAAUCAAAUAUUUAAUAAAUAAAGAAGUUGAAGAGCAACAUUAUAAUGGGGAUAAUAAAAGUGUUCACACAAAUAAGAAUAACAUCAUAUCAUCAUAUAUUGUAAAAAAGAAGGAUGAACAUUUUGAUAUACAUUAUAUAAAAGAAAUGAGAGGCAAAAUGUAUAUAAAAGAUAUUGUAACACAUUUUUAUAAUUUAGAUACUAUGACAUAUUAUAUGAAUAAGAUAAACAAGCACAUUGAUAAUGUUACCUUAAAUAAUAAUGAUAAUUACUAUACGUAUGAUAAUAUAAAUGGUUCCCAUGGAAACAUUUUUGAAAAGAACAAACUUGUCUUGAAGUCUAAAGUUAAAAUAAUAGAUGGAAGUGAUCAUUUUAGUGUAUUUUUAUUAGAAAGCGGGAAAGUAUAUACUGCUGGAUAUAAUAAGAAUGGAGAAUUGGGAAAUGGAGAAUUUAAUUUAAAGAAAAAAUUUGGAGUGCCUAUAUUAUUAAACAUAUGUGUAAACAAGAUAAUAAAAAUUGCAUGUGGAUAUAAUUAUGUAUUAUGUGUAAGUGAUGUGGGUUUAGUAUAUGGCUGGGGAAAAAAUGAUAAGAGCCAAUUGGGAAUUGGGGUAAUAAAAGAUUUUUAUGAACCUGUUCAUGUGAAGAAUUUGACAAAUGUGAUAAAUAUAUUUGCUGGAUAUGACCAUAGUGCUUGUAUUAUAAAUAAGUUAUUAGAUAAGGGUAACACGAAUGGUGUGAAUAAUGUGAAUAAUGUGAAUGGUGUGAAUGGUGUGAAUAAUUAUAGUUCAGACGAAUGUGGAGAUUUAUAUAUUUGGGGUAAUGCCGAAAGCGGAAAGGUCGGGUUAGGUGUUGAUUAUACCCAAGGAUGUAUAUUAUUACCUAGAAAAAUUAAUAUAAUAAAUAAAAUAUAUAAAUGUUCUUUAGGUAAUAGUCAUAGUUUAUUUUUAACGAAUACUAACGAAUUAUACGUUUGUGGAAGUAAUAAUAAUGGUAGGUUAGGUUUAUUUGAAAAAUCUAAAAUGGUUUGUAAUAUUGUUAGUGUACCUACUAAAGUUAUAUUACAUAAUAAUAUAUAUAUUAAGGAUAUCCUAGCAGGUAAUACAUAUAGUAUAAUAUUAUCUGUUGAUGGGUUUAUAUAUAUUUUUGGAGAAUUCAUAAAAGGUAGUAAUGGUAAUAGUAAUAAUAUGUCAUGUGAAGUCAUAAGCUUAUAUAAUGAAAUUACCAAUGUUAAAUAUAUGAAUGGGAAAUAUGAACAUGUUUUUUUUCUUACAUAUGAUAAUAAAUUAUUUGGUAUAGGUAAUAAUAAGAAUUGUCAAAUAUUAUGUGAUAAUGAAAAAGAGAAUAAUUAUAUAAAAAAACCUAAAUUAAUAACAUAUUUUUUAAAAGAAAAUAAUAAAAUAAUUGAAUCCAUUUUUUCUUUUCAUAAUGUUACAUUUAUUCAAUUCAAUAAUUCAGAAAUAUUUGCAUGGGGUUAUACUAAUAAUUAUCAUUUAUGUAUAGGAAUACCUAAUAAUAUAAAAUAUUUAAAACAUCCUACGAAAAUUAUAAAAACAUGGUUAACAUAUGAUCAGAAAGAUUUAGAUUAUAAUGGAAGUUGUAGUGAUAUGGAAUUGAAUGAAUAUAAUACUACUAAUAAUAUGUCUUAUAAUAAUUAUAUAAAAUAUAUUAAUGAAAUUACUCUUGUUAAAAAAAAUAUAAAUACAACAGAACUGUUUCAAAAUGAAUAUACUUAUUUUGGUUAUUAUGAAGAAGAAAUCGAAAAUUUUAUAUAUAAUAUAGUAAUAAUGAAUAAUAUUAUAAAUUGGUGUCAUUUACAAAAUUUAUUAAAAAAAGAAGAAUAUAAUAAUAAUAUGGAAUAUAUCAAAUCUUUUGAAAAAGAUAUAAUUGAUUUAUAUUCUAAACAUAUAGAAGUUUUAUUAAAUCUAAAUAUAUAUGAAAAACAAUUUAAUUAUUUAUAUCUUAAUUAUCAAAAUUUUAUAUUAUCGAAUAUUGCUAAUAUGAAAGAACAACAUCUACCAAAUAUUUUAUAUCCUUUCUCAACAUAUAUAUUUGAUCAAAAUAGAAUAAAAUUAGAACAGUUCAUAUAUAUAAUUCAACAACAGCCAGUUUAUCUAAUAAUCUUAUGUUUAAUACAUAAUUAUAAAAAUGUUAAAAAUGUAAAACAACUCAUGUAUGGGAAAAUGUCCUACAACUCUAAUAAAAAUACAACUCAUAUUUAUCAUAAUAAUAUAAAUGAGCAACAUAUAAAAAAUAAUUAUAAUAUUAUCAACUCAAAUUAUAUUAAUCAUACAUAUAAUUAUGAGCAAAAUGAUGCUUUAAAAAAAUAUAAUUCAAAAGAUAUACAAAAUAAAAAAUAUUCCUUUUAUAAAAAUAGUUCAAAUGUUUUAUGUUCUUUUAUUUUUGAUUUAUAUGCUGAUUUUAGAAAUGAAAGAGUUCGAACUAUUUUUACUAUUUUCUUAAUAAAAUUAGGUAUAGAAGAAAUCAAAAAUUCUUUAAACGUUCAUUCUAUAUUUAAUAUUGACACAUCUAUAUUCUUUACUCUUAUACAAAUGCUUUUCUUCAAAAAAGAGAUUCUAAUAAAUUUUGCUCAGUGUUUAAUCGACUUGGAUAAUCCCAAUUCUUUUGUUACUUUAUUAGACCAAUUAUCAAGGAAAGUUCCAAAAAAAAACAUUCCCCUUAACCAACAAGGUGUUUCUAAUGCAAAAAAUAUGCAGCAUACAAAACAUCUACAAACGAAUACUCCUAUGUAUGGUUCUGCUCACCACAGGGAAAAUUUAUUGAUAAAUGAUAUGUAUAAUGAUCGCAUGGUAGUAGAUAAAAAUAUUCAUGUGAAGAAUUCAACUCAUAUGGAUCUCAAAAAUGAUGGAGCGAAUAAAAAAAAAAAAAUAAAAAAAAAAAAAAAUAAUAAAAAAAAAAAUAAUAAAAAAAAAAAUAAUAAAAAAAAAAAUAAUAAAAAAAAAAAUAAUAAUAAUAAUAAUGGUGGUGGUGAUGGUGAUUAUAGUGGCGAUGAUAUUUAUAGUGGUGAUGAUAUUUAUAGUGGUGAUGAUGAUUAUAGUGGCGAUGAUGAUUAUAGUGGCGAUGAUAUUUAUAGUGGUGAUGAUAUUUAUAGUGGUGAUGAUAUUUAUAGUGGUGAUGAUAUUUAUAGUGGUGAUGAUAUUUAUAGUGGUGAUGGUAUAAACCAUUCUGUAAACAAACUAAAUAAAAAAAAAAAUGUAAAACGUGAACCUAAUAUUAGCUCCUUUAUAGAUAACCUAAAUGAUGAUGAAAAAGAUAAAGAAUUUUUAAAUUUCAUUAAAGGGAAAACACAAAAUGAAUCAGAUAAAAAAAGAUUAUUUGUUAAUGACAUAUCGUGUUAUAAAUCAGGCGUACCAUAUAAUAUUCCUAAUAUAAAUAUGGAAGAUGAAAAUAUGUAUAGGAAUAAUAUAUCACAAGAAAUACAAAAUGAAAAUUUAGAUAAUAAUGAUAAUUAUGUGGAAAUAAAUUUUGUGUGUAUUUUUGAAGAACUUUGUAAAAUAUUUUUGAAUAUAAAAUUUCCAGAUAUGUUUAAAAUUAUUAUCAAAGAAUUAUUUAAAUAUUUUAUUAUUUAUGAAAAAAAUCUAAAUGAUGAAAUUAAUCAAACAAAUAAAAUAUACUUUUAUCAAAAUCAUCAUACAAUAUAUAUACCCUUUUUUAAACUUAUACUUAUGGCUAUCAUAAAUCCAAUAUUAAAAAAUAUGGAAAAUAUUGCACACAAAUUUUCUUACCCAAAUAUAUUUCCACAUAUUUUAAAUAUACGUAAUAAAAUUUGUGAUUUCUUAGAAAUCUUAUAUUUAAAUAAAUAUGAAUCAUUAAAUAUAUAUAAUCUAAAUAUCAUAUCUAUUAAAUAUAUAUUUGAACAUACUUUUAUAUCCUUAACUAAUGUUAUUAAUAAUAUUUGUAAUACUCAUCAUCAUAUUUAUGUAGAUGCAUACACAAAUCUAUUUCAUUAUCAUCUAAAUAGAAACUCUUAUUAUGUACAAUUAAAACUUUUCCAGGUGUGUCAUAUUUUUAAUUUAUUCUUCAGAUUUCAAAAUUAUUUAAUGCUUUCUUUUAAUGAUCCUGCACUAGAUAUAGUUAAUUUUUUCUACACAUACAAAAAUAACAUACCCAUCCAAAAACAUAAACAUAAACAUACUCUCAACAGUACAAUGGUGGGCACAAACAAAAUGGAUAUACAAAAAGAAAGGGAACGCCACCUAAAUAUAAAAGGUUUGGGAAAGGACAUGGGAAAUAUUCAAAGACCAAAAGGUGUUUCCACAUUUGGUACGCAUCAAGAUAACAAAAAAAUUAACUCUAAUGAGGGAAACGAGUCGCUUCUACGUAAGGCAAAAAAUGAUAACUUAAAUGAUCGUUUUGAAAUGAAGGAAGGGAAAGGAAUGAUAAAUGGGGUAAUGAAAAGGGGGGAUAAUCCUAUGGGUGGAUAUAAUACUAUGGGGGGGAAUAAUCCUAUGGGUGGAUAUAAUCCUAUGGGGGGGAAUAAUCCUAUGGGUGGAUAUAAUCCUAUGGGUGGAAAUAAUACUAUGGGGGGAAAUAAUCCUAUGGGUGGAUAUAAUCCUAUGGGUGGAUAUAAUCCUAUGGGUGGAUAUAAUCCUAUGGGUGGAUAUAAUCCUAUGGGUGGAAAUACCAACGAAGCUAAUGCUUUUAACCUUCCGAGUACUAUAAAAAUCACUAGUAACGAUAAUAAGAUGAGGAAAAAAAUGAAGAGGUUAAUUUUUAGUGAAGAUGAUAUUGAAUUUUUUAUAAAAUGUAAAUUAAUUUAUAAUGUUAAGCUAGAUAUUCGAUUUUUGUUAAAGGAAAAAAAUAUGAGUAUUUGUGAAUUCACAAAAAUUCCUAUGCCUCAAUAUAUUUGUUACCGUAAACAAACUUUAAUAGAAAAUAAUGAGUAUUUAUUUUCUAUUAUACAUAAAUAUAAUUAUGAGAAAAAUAAUAUUUAUAUAAUAUCUGAAUGUUUAAAAAAUUGUCCUAUUUUGGAACAUUGUACAGAUACAAAUAACCUAAUAUUAAAAUUAAAAUCAUUAAAAAUGAAUUACAUGUCUUUACAAGAUCAAAAAGAAAAUAAUUUAAUUCAUUUAAUUAAUAAAGCUAUUGAUAUUUUUUUAUCUGAUGAAAUGACUUAUGUCGAAUUUUUAGAUGAAUUCCCAGCUAAUUUGUCUAUAUAUAAAUUUAAAGAUGAUAAGAUAUUACAAAAAUCAAAAAUGGAACAAAUUUAUUUUGAUAUGUUACAAAAUACAUAUGAUAAAAGUUCAUUUUUUCAAGUUAAAUGGAGAAAUAUUGCCUUACAAAUUUCACUAAAUAUAUUAAGAAAAAAAAAACAUAUGAAUUAUUUAAAAAAAUUAUAUGAAAAACAAGAAUAUAUAGAAGAUCUUAUCAUAAAUUAUCAACACAAAAUGAAAAAAGAUAUUGUCACUUUAAAAAAUGCUAUUAUUUUUGUAUCGAAAUUAUAUAUUGAGAAACCUAUAUUGUUACAUUCUUCAUAUUUUAAAAAAAAUCUUUUUUUUGUUGAAUUAAAAAAGAAAAAACAUAUUCAGAGAACAUUUAAAUUACCAUAUAAUUCAUCGACAGUACAUAUAUACCAAAUGAAAGAUCUAAUCAAUAAUCAAAUCCUCUCAAAUAUACAUGAAACCUUAUAUACACUUGUUAAUUAUUUAACGAUUGAAAUUUUUUUUGAUUUGAAUAAUAUUAUUAAAUUCAGUUUAAUAUUAACAAAAGAUCAAAAUAAAAAUAUAAUCAAUGAACAUACAUUUACAGGUUCAGAAAUUUAUUCUAUGUAUAAUUCCUCACCUUAUAUAUUAUAUCCUUUUUUUAAAUAUAGUAAAACGUAUUUGUGCUCAAUUACGGGUUUGCAUUUUAUGCAUUUGCUUCACAAUUUUGUGAUAGACUUAUACUGA